GAGGCGCCAUGGUCGAUGGCCGUGGUGCGGGGCAGGACCAGCCCUGCCCGCGGGCUCCAGUGCACACCUGGGCAACGAGACGGGUGGAAGAAAUGGGCUGACUGGUGCCUGUCAUCCGAUGGGAGGACAGUGUGUCUCUGCGCCUCCUCUGUGGGCAAUGGUCCCCUCAGUGGUGACUCCUCUGCUUUUCUGGGAGCGCAUUUCCCCCGCGGGACCACACAGACUGGCCAUGGCUGGGAGGCAGCUGAGGGCUUCCCACCAGGGCUCUGCCCUCACUUCGGCCCUCAGCACCAGCGGCUCUCCCAGGCCGGGCUGUGGCCCCUUGGCCUCUGGCAGGUCCCUUGGCCUCCACCGCUCCCUCGUGUGCCCGACGUCCGCGGGCAGCCCCCGCACUCACACCCGCCCCGGGCCCACAAAAUGGCGGCCGGCGGCCCCUGUCAGCCGGGCCCGGAGCCUGUAGGAACCUUCGUGCGGCGGAACGCGCGGGAGCGGGGGCCGGUUUCCGUGCCGGGCCCGCGGGAGGCUGCCGGGCCCGGCCCCGCCGCCAUGGCCGAGGGCUCGGCGGAGCUGGAGCUGUUCCGCCGCCAAUGGCGGGAGGAGCUGGCGGGGGGCGCCAAGCGGCGGCGGCGGGAGGCGGCGGCGGAGCCCCCGGCGGAGCCCGAGAGCCGCCGCAGCGCGGAGCCGCCCGAGCCGGGCUACCUGGCGCUGGCCCGCGGGCUGCUGGACGGCGGCGGCCCGCCCGGCCCGGCCCCGCGCAGCCCGGCUCCCGCCCGCCCCGCCGGGCAGCCCGCGGGGGACGGGGGCGGCGACGGCGACGACCUGUUGGGGCAGCUCAUCCGGGACCUGAAUGAAAUAAAUGAGGUUCCGUUCUUUGAUAUCCAGCUGCCUUAUGAACUGGCACUGAAGAUAUUCCAGUACCUGGGCAAGGCUGAAUUGGGAAGGUGUGCUCAGGUCAGCAGGACAUGGAAAAUACUCGCAGAAGACGAGGUGCUGUGGUACCGGUUGUGCCAGCGGGAGGGAUACCUGUCAGAUACGAGCAUCUCGGACCGUUCCUGCUGGAAGCUCGUCCUCAGGAGCUGCCGUGCCAGAGAGCGCGCUCUGAAAACCAACUGGAAGAACCGCAUUGGUGCCGUGAGCCAGCUGCAGUACGAGCUGGGAAAAAUCCUUUGUGACGUGCAUUCCUGGGAUGGAGUUGUUAUUGCUGGAUACACAUCAGGAGAGGUGAGGCUGUGGGACACUCGCACCUGGGAUUACACAGCCCCCAUCCUGGAACCGGCACACGGUCCCGGCGAUGCUGGACCUCGGCCACGCGUCUCCUGCGUGAGGAUAAGCAGCUCGCUGGCUGUCGCGGCUCACGAGGACGGAACCGUUAGCGUGUGGAGCCUGAUGCUGGGGCGGGAGCCCAUCCAUCACUACCAGCACAACCAGAGCGUCCAGGCUUUAGCUCUGGGCUCAGCGGGCGCCACGGUGGCCACGGCGUCCGGCUUCGAGGUCAAGGUGGAAAGCGCCGAUGACAGAGGAUUCUGGCAAACGACAGGAACAUUUGAAAUCCAGAAACUGGUCAACUUCCUUAAUCUGGUUCCAGAUGUUACGGGGAGCCCAGUGACAAUAGCAGCUGCCGAAGACAUUGUCUAUCUCCUGAAAGCACAAGUUCCUGGCAAAGUUCUCCAUUCUGUCUAUGGUCAGCCCAUCACGUGUCUCGACGUGUCUGCUCAUGAAGCAGCUUUUGGGGUGAAAAACUUCGGCUGGUUAUUGAAUGAGCCAAACCAGAUUCUUCUUUACGAUCUGGAAACAAGUCAGUGUCUGAAGAAGAUGGGCAACUCCAUAGGUGACUUUACAUGUGUCAACCUUGAGAACAGUCCUCCAAACAUGCUCGUGUCGGGCAAUAAAGACAGAAGGGUCAGGGUGUUCGAUCUCCGCAGAAGCGAGUCCUUGUGCUCCGUCUAUGCCCACCAGUUAGGAGUGUCCGCGGUGCAGAUGGACGACUGGAAGAUCGUCAGCGGAGGAGAAGAGGGCUUGGUGUGCGUCUGGGACCAGCGCAUGGGCACCAAGCUCUGGGAAAUGCACGCCAGGCAUCCGGUCCGCCACGUCUGGUUUAAUUCUCACAGCCUCAUCACCGCAAACAUCCCUGAUGAGAAAAGCCCCCGGGGCGGCAGCAUCACGGACGACGACCUUACCGCGCACCGCAAGCACCGAGGGAUCAUUUACGCCUAUGACUUCUCGGUGGACCAGCUGGCUGUGGAAAGCGUCAUUCCGAUUUGCCGCUCGUCCUACGACGAAGUGACUGGUUACAACUACAAUGUUGGCCUCGCCGUUCCCUACGAUAACAUUUAGGGAACCUGCUGGUGUGGUCCAGCCCCUCUGCCAAGUACCUGACCAGCGGCAACAAGAAGUUCCGCAAGGGACAAGCGCCCAAAAGAUGGCGUUAGCUGCAGGCACGUCAAAUGGGCUGAGCAUUGGCCGAAAACGUGGGGACGUGAAGCAGAACGGAGAGCAUGGCUGCCCUCGGGCACAGCGCUGAAAUAGGUUGCUGCGCAAAUGUUCAGAAGUCCGCUGUGGUGGAACGGAGAGGCUGAAGAGAGAAGGGGAACAGUACGUUUCAGUGUCAAUGAAAACGUUCUUCCUGCUGCUCGUGGGACAAACGCUGCUGGUCCCGUCUUGGCUGAGGGCACAGUUGGGAAGCGAGAGCCCCGAGUGGCAAAAUGCUGAAGCGAUGGGAGCACGUUGAGGAGCUCAUGCCUGUUCUGAGAGGGGAAAAAACCACCCGGGACUUGGAAAAAGCAUCUUGCUGAGCCACGUGUUUGAAACUUCUUUCCUUCUAAUGAGCUGCUCAUUCUUCUUUUCCUUGGAUCAGGAUGUGUCUAGGAACAGGACCAAGAGGGUUGGGAGAGGAGAGGGUGAUGGAGAGAGGGAAGCUCGGUCUUGGCCAGGCUGGGCAUGUGGAAGCUCAGCAGGCCACAUGGAUCAAAAUGAUUUUAAAAUAAAUUAUUUUUGUAAAUCUCUAAAAUUCCAGAUUAAAUGUUUUCUAAGUGUG